AUGGGUCAAGGAUACUCGAUGACCACGCUCUCGGCCGCGUCUGCUACCAUUGACGUACCUGAACUGGCGGAUCUCAUCCAUGAAAAGACACUGGCAUCCGCUCGAUUCAUGAAGAGUGUUCGAGCCCGCAGUCCGCAAGGCUUCGUGUUUGUCAAGGCCGUUAUGAAACCCUACUCAUCGUUUCAGGUACAAGAAUAUGUCCGGCAGAUCACCGAGGAGAGAAACGUCUUAUCCGACAUCCCCAAUGCCCUGGGCUACCAGAGAAUUGUCGAGGUGGGCAGUGGUGGUUUUCUUGUUCGCCAGUAUAUGUUCAGCUCAGUCUAUGAUCGCAUCAGCACCCGGCCUUUCUUGGAAGACAUUGAAAAGAAAUGGCUGGCUUUUCAACUAUUGUGUGGUGUACGCGACUGUCAUGCGAGAAACAUCUACCACGGAGACAUCAAAACUGAGAAUUUACUCGUCACGUCCUGGAACUGGCUCUACCUAACCGACUUCUCGUCAUCUUUCAAGCCCACGUACCUACCAGAAGACAACCCGGCCGACUUCUCUUUCUACUUCGACACCUCUAGUCGUCGAACCUGUUAUAUCGCUCCCGAAAGAUUCACGACUUCGGAAUCAGACGAUACGCAAGGUGAUUUGACCUGGGCCAUGGAUAUAUUCAGCGUUGGUUGUGCAAUUGCAGAAAUGUUUCUAGAAGGGCCCAUAUUUUCCCUCAGUCAAAUCUUCAAAUAUCGUGCCGGCGAGUACAGUCCAGAACAUACCCAUUUGAACAAAAUCGAAGACCCAGAGGUCAAAGCUAUGAUACUAAACAUGAUCGAGCUGGACCCAGAAAAACGUUACAGCGCUGAACAGAUCCUCUCAUUCUACAGAGGCAAGAUCUUCCCGGAAUACUUCUACAGUUUCCUGCACCAGUAUAUGUGGGAUCUUACCAGAUCUGCAACGGCCACAAGGCCUGUAGGCCUUGAUACUGCGAGUCUCGCCGAAUGCGAUGAGAAGAUCAACCGAGUUUACUUCGACUUUGACAAGAUAUCAUUCUUUCUAGGAUAUGGCCCAAGUCCCGCCAAAAAAUCCUCAAGGGCACCGCUCACCCUGAGAUCAAGCAAUAGAGCCAAGGCAGCAGACACCGACCCUUCACUAUACGACGGAAGUCUCAUUUUUCUUACGCUGGUAGUCUCGAGCAUGAGAAAUACUGCCAAAGCCUCAGCAAGGCUUAAGGCGUGUGAUCUGCUUGUCGCUUUCGCAGAACGGCUUCCCGACGAGGCAAAGCUUGACCGUAUUUUGCCUUACAUUAUCGGGUUACUUUCAGACUCUUCGGACGUUGUGGUGGCAGCAGGAAUCUAUGCCAUGACUUCGAUAUUUGAGAUGAUCGAAGUUGUCUCCCCAAUCAAUGCUUACGUCUUCCCGGAGUACAUCUUCCCCAGGAUGCGUCACUUCAUUCUAAAUCCGACCACUCAACCAAGCGUGUUGAUUCGAUCCGCAUAUGCUUCGUGCCUAGCAUCCUUAGCCCUGUCCUCUCUGCGAAUAUUGGACAUGGUUCAUGCCAUUCGUGCUGACGGCCGACUUCCCGCUUUACGAGAGGACGAUCUCGCGCCGGAGUCGUCCUAUCACGGCUUGUACGACAUAGCAAGAGCAGAGCUAAUACCACAUUUUGAAGAAGCAACCAUCGCGCUACUUACGGAUCCAGAGCCACCCGUUCGCAGAGCUUUACUGGGUUCAAUCACUCGCCUAUGUGUCUUUUUCGGAAGCUCCCGAGCAGGCGACGUGGUUCUACCUCAUCUCAAUACUUAUUUGAAUGAUAAAGAUUGGAUUCUUCGAUGCUCUUUCUUCGAAGCCCUUGUUGGUGUUGCAUCAUAUGUUGGCACGUCUAGUCUGGAGAAAUUCAUUCUCCCAAUCAUGGUGGGUUCCCUUACCGACAUUGAGAAUUUUGUCGUUGAAAAAGUCUUUCGAUCUCUCGCGCGAAUGGCAGCAUUGGGUCUCCUACAGAAAUCCACGACAUGGGAACUCAUCGGCAUUGCGGCGCGAUUCCUCGUGCACCCUAGUAUUUGGGUCCGAGAGAGUGCUGUGCAAUUCCUUGUGCUGUCAGCUAGGUACAUCUCGGCCGCAGACCAGUACUGUAUCGUGGUUCCGAUGAUACAACCCUUCUUGAGAACCAAACCGCAUGUCUUGUCAGAGGAUCGUAUCCUCGAUAACUUGAAAAGACCGCUUCCGAAGGCCGUCUUUGAUGCCGCCGUGCAGUGGGCAACGAGAAAAGGGAAUAGUCUAUUCUGGACCGCUGCAAGUCGUGAUGGUGCCUUGAGCCUGUCAGACCCGGCAAUGCCACAGAAUCCAUCCAACUUGACAAAGAGGCUCUUGACACGAAUCCCGCCGUCACAAAAAGACAAGGAUGACCAGGCAUCCUUUGAAACUCUAAAAAACCUUGGUAUGACCGCAGAUGACGAGAUUAAGUUGCUUGCAUUGCGUGAAUACAUCUUCAAAAUAUCGAAACACAAACCCCCGGACGAUCCCAAUGAGAAGCACGCCUUCCUGAACAAUAUCGUAUCCCUCAACCAAAUCAACGUGACGCCUCAGAACGUAUUCUUCGACCAGCGCGAAGCUUUACGAGAAAUCAAAAGCCGAGUAAGUCUCGUAAAGGGGACGAGUCGAAAAGAUGAGCGGCAUAGUCUGGCAGAUGCGUUGCUGGAUGCCUCUACCAGCAUAGAUGAACGUCGGCGGAACUCACCCUCCGAUAAUGGAAGUGGCAGACAGACCCCAACAACGAGACCGAUUGAUAUCCGAUCUCGUAUGAACGAGAUCAAAAGCUCUGGUCCAGUGGUAAACGUCGAAACCGCAAGUAGUCCAUCGAGGCCCAGUGUCUCAAACGGCACUGGGUCGCCCUUGGACCGAUUGUCGUUACGUCGUAAGCCCCUCGAAUUGAGGCACCGGAACAGCGGACUCAAUUUGAUGAACCGAAGGGACUCCACAAAAGCAGAUGCUGAGAUUUCGACGAGCUCAGAGAACGCUUUUGGAAGAGUCGACGGCCCUCCACCUCGCAAGGGCGCCGCAGGGCCUUCGGCUUUGACCGUUGCAGCAAGCAGAGCGGCCAAGUCGAGGUCUGUAUCUCCCAGAAGUGGAGGCAGUGGAGGUUCUCGCACACCGCUCUACGAACCGAACCAUUCGUACACAGGUAACGACCCAAAUGUGCUAAGAUUACUCGAUAAUCAUUUUAUGGAGAACUUCCCCGUUGACCAGAUGGACUUUGGCCCCAAUCGACCUCCUGCGGAUAGCAAAACAGCCAUAAGAAGAGCAACGGACGUCUUCCAGCAAAACACCGGCCGAGUCGCCCAACAGGAACUUUCAUUCCGUGCAGACCCCUGGCGCCCUUCGGGUCAACUCGUCACACAAUUCUCCGAGCACACUGCUGCCAUAAAUCGAGUUUGCGCCGCUCCCGACCAUGCCUUUUUCGUGACGGCUUCCGACGACGGCACGUGCAAGAUCUGGGAUACCAUUCGUUUGGAGAAGAACGUCACACCGCGAUCAAGACACACUCACCGCCACGCGGAAGGGACAAAAGUCAAGAGUCUCUGCUUCGUAAGUGGCAGCCACACUUUCUUGAGCGGAGCAGACGAUGGAAGCAUCCAUGCCAUCCGGGUAGAUUACAAGAGCGUCGAUGGUGGCGAGAGCUCCAGAUACGGUAAACCCAUCCUUGUCAGAGACUAUCAGAUUCCGUCGAAGUCGGCGACGCAGAACCUCGACUUGGUCACAGAGGCUGCUGCUGUAAAUGUCAAACCAGAACAUGCCGUCUGGAUGUACCAUUACCGAACUCAGACUUCACAGUCUGUCCUUCUCGUCGCCACGAACGAAUGUCGGAUCCUUGCCGUUGACCUCAAAAACAUGGAAGUCAUUCACUGUAUGGAAAACCCCGCUCACCACGGAACUCCGACCACGUUCUGCGUCGAUAAAAAGCACCACUGGCUGCUGCUGGGGACGAGUCACGGGAUUCUGGAUCUCUGGGACCUCAGAUUCAGGUUGAGGCUGCGCAGCUUCGGCAUCCAGACCGAUGCACGAAUCGACCGAGUCAUAAUCCAUCCAGCAAAGGGCCACGGAAGGUGGGUGAUGGCCAGCGCCGGCGGCGAGAUCAGUGUGUGGGACGUUGAGAAGUUGGUAUGCCGCGAACUGUGGCGCCCCAGCACAUUCAUCCCACCGACUAGACCACGACCCUACGAAGUCUGGUCGCCUGACGAAGAAAGCAGCGAACGAAUCUUGUCACGCUUCGCUCGGUCGUCAGCGGAAGACGGCGUAGUGCCUGCUGCAGCCCCUCAGGUUCAUCCUGCGCUCUCCAAUGGAUCCCCCGUCAAGGCGAGACUGGCCGGUACUGGGGAAACGGCGGACUUGCCAAAGCAGCCUUCUUGGUCCGCGCCAUCCAUUCCAGCAGUGUACAUUCUCCAUGACUACUUGGCCAACCCGUCUCAGCCGGACAACCCUCACAAGUACCCGCUCCUCUUCACGGGCGGUGCAGACCGCGACUUGAGGUACUGGGACGUUCAGCGCCCUGAGAACAGUUUCAUCAUCUCCGGUCCAGACCUCUACAGUGACGACGCGGCCGUCAAAGCGACGUACGAAGUCACGUACCCGUUGGCGUUGAACGCCGGUGCUCAGAUCGCGCUAGUGCAGGAGAAGUUGGGCGAGGAUGCCGCGAGCGGUGGUGGUGGAAGCAGCAGCAGCACUCGCGGCACGCCUAAGAAGCAGCCGCCCUCACGCUCCAUCAAGGAUCACGAUGCUGCGAUAAGAUCCGGUAGCCCGGUGUCCCAAGCAGCUGCCUCGCCUUCCAAGGCGUCUUCGUCUGGAUUGUCGUCGUCAGCGUCGGCAAAAUUGCCUCGCAGCACCAUUAUCAGCACUGCGCAGCAACACAUUCUUCGCACACACAUGGACGGUAUCACGGACGUGGUGGUGCUGAGAAAACCUUACGGCUGUGUGGUUAGUGUUGAUCAAGCUGGAACAGUCUUCGUCUUUCACUGA